GUUCGGCGUCGGCUUCUACAGCGCAUACCUCGUCUCGGACAAGGUCCGUGUCGUCAGCAAGCACAACGACGACGAGCAGUACAUCUGGGAGAGCGGCGCCGGCGGAUCCUUCACUGUGCAGAAGGACACUGAGCUGGUGCACGGCGAGAUCAAGCGUGGCACGAAGAUUAUCUGCUACCUCAAGGAAGACCAGUCCGAGUUCCUGGAGGAGCGACGCUUGAAGGACCUGGUGAAGAAGCACUCUGAGUUCAUCGGCUUCCCCAUCGAGCUGUACGUGGAGAAGUCCAAGGAGAAGGAGGUGACCGACUCCGAGGAGGAAGAGGAGGAGAAGAAGGACGAGAAAGAGGGU